GAGCCGCAGUGCCAGGACCGGCCCGCCGAGGUCGCCCGGGCCCCCCAACCGUGUGGCCCGGGUUAAAAGCUCGCGACAGGGCUGCCACAGGGCUGGGACCUGGUGUGUUCCGAGGUUGUGCACCCGGCACCGCCUCAUCCCCGCGGGGGCCACCGCUUCUCCCUGUAGGAACGUCCAGGCCCCGGACUGUGCGCCGCCCCAGGGCGCUUUGUGGGCUCCAGGACAAGUGACUGUUUUCAGAAUCCAAGUGGAAUCUCACACUACAAAACAAUGCCAAGAGCUAAGGAAGGGAAACGCAAAACCAAAGGGGCUUCCCUUCCCAUUGUCCCAAUUCUUCAAAAGUUCCUGAAAACCUAUGAGAAGCACUGCUCGCAGUCUCAGACGUCUGUGUGCCCAGCCAUCAGAAGGGACCUGAACAGCAGCAUUGACAGUGAACAGAGCCUCAGGAAGUUUACACUUGUGAGACCUGACAACUCCCCUCCAAGCAUCCUACCAGUGUCCUUGGAACCUUUGCUCCUGACCAUUCGAGAUGAGCGCUACAUGCUGGGGAAAGAGAUCUGCAUCUGGGGCCUUCAGCUGAGCAACCCCGAGAUCGCCAGGCUUGCGUGGUUUCUGGAACUGAAGGGGCGCACCACCUGUCCAUUUACCACCUUGGAAAUUGUUGAUUGCAAGAUGGAUCUCUGGUCUCUAGGGCGGCUGGGGAGGGCUCUGCAGUUGAGCUGUUUGCAUUCCCUUGUCCUCGAUUACUGCAGAUUUGGAAGUGAAGAAAUUGAGAGUAUUUUCUCAGGCCUGGAGAAGCACCAAAGGCUUCGCAGCCUCAGUCUGCGUUACUGUGGGCUGGAGCCCCUGAGUGGGCAGCGGCUGGGCUCCCUCCUCAGCCAGAGUGCCAUAUGUGAACUGUACCUUGACGGUAACUACUUGCAAUGUUCUGGAGCCCUGGCUCUCCUCAGACCUAUGGCAGAGUAUGCAGAGAUGCAGAGGAGAGACCAGCCAGUCAUGGCCUUACCAGACACCGGAAAUCCCCCUCAGCUGCUCCAGACUGGCCAGGGAGCAAGAUCAACUUUGAGCCAAACUGCAAAAUCGUCUGAAGCCAUCGCAGUGAAAACCACUUCAGAGAAGAAAAAGAGAAGAAGAGGAUUCAGGAAAAAAGUGAAAGGUUUGACGGAAGCUGGUCCUUGGCUAGUGAAGUUGUACUUGGCAGAUAAUGGCAUAGAUGGAAAAGGAGGAGGAGCGGACUUGUUGGAAUUCACCCGAACUUUAACAUGCCUGGUCAAGUACUCUACCCACUUGAGGGAAAUUGACCUUGGAAACAAUGACUUGGGAGAAACAGCUGCUGGUGACAUCCUUGGAGCACUGAGAGCCAGGAAGAAAGGUAAACUACCAGUCUUAAAAAUCACAGUCACUCCCCAGAUCUCUUCAGACACCUUCAGAUCUAUUUGGAAAAAUAGCAAGAAGUCUAGUAAGGCCCGAAGAAAGAAGAAAAAGAAAGGUUCGUUCUUAAAUAUCCGUGUUGGUGAGUAGUGUCCACCAGGGGGCGCUGGAUGCAGCCUCUGCGCACCGCUGGGGUAGAUGGCACCGUCAGAUGCAGAUGCAGAUUUGGCGCUGAAUAAAGAGAAUUUAUGUUUUAGAUCACACGCCCCUAAACCAGCGUCCCAUUCUAAUGAAUGAUGAUUGCAUCAAGAGACAAGUAAGGAAGAGAACAGCAUCCUUCCCUCGAAGAUUUAGUGCAAACCCUGUCUCCCCUUUAACCCCUUUGCCUGCCCAAAUUCUCUACUUCCUAGUAGCCUGUUGCAGGUCUAUAAAAGGUGAAUUUACCCAAACUCUCAGGAAGCCUGCGCUACCUCUUGGAGGGGAUUGAUUUAGAUAUGUUCAUUCUCUAUUGUGUAAAGUUGAAAUUCCUCCCUCCAACCCCUUAUGAUUUCCCAUUUAUUAUCUCACAGGCUAAAAACAGAAUAUGGAUGUCAGGUUUGCACACACAGGUCAUCUAUUUUGAUGGCGACGCAGACAUGCCUGGAAGGACAUUGCUUGUUCUGUAAUCAUAUUUUUUUUUCAUUGUAACCAAAAACAUUUUCAAAUUCUAAAAUUCCAGAAGGUUCUUUUAUGAAAAUUGAAAGUGAUGUUAAUCUUAUCACACAUCAUUUCUAAAAUGCAUGUUUCUCAGUAGGUCUUGGUAAAUACAGGUGCGAUUCUUCUCUGGGACUUCUUUUUUUGUGCAUGUGAAAUUUGUAAUUUGAAGAAAGUAUACCCCCCUUUUUUUCCCCCUAAAAAAGAAAGAUAUAUAUAUAUAUAUCUACAUUCGGGAAUAAUAGGAUUGUUGGGAAGUAAUAACAACUUCCUAAAAGGAAACAUCCCCUCAAAUUAGGAUCUUUUCAACCAGGCACAUGGUGCACACAUGUAAUCUUAGCCACUUGGGAGGCUAAGGCAGGAGGAGCCUAAGUUCAAGGCCAGCCUGGGAGAUUUAGCUAGACUCUGUUUCAAAAUAAAUUUUUUUUUUAAUUUUUUUUUUUUAGUUAUAGAUGGGCACAAUACCUUUGUUUUAUUUAUGUUUAUGUGGUGCUGAGGAUUGAACCCAGUGCUUCACACAUGCUAGGCAAGCGCUCUACCACUGAGCUACAAUUCCAGCCCCUCAAAAUAAAAUUGAAGGGCUAGGAUAUGGCUCAGUGGUAGAGCAUCCUUGGGUUCAGUCCCCAGUACCACACACAUACACACAAAAGGGAUCUUCUCCAAAUGAGGAAAUUUCUGAUCACCCUACUUGGCCUUGAGGAUGCUGAACAGCCCCACGGGAAAUGGAAGAGGUGUGAUUGAUGGAUGUAUGAAUGAUACAUCAGAUUAGCUGAGUUUUACAUGCCACAUAUGGUACAGGUAUGAAGAGCAUGCACUGGGCAUCCAGAUGAACCAGAAUUCUCUGUGGAGGUCCUGGUAUUUUCCAGGCAUGUGACCUGGAGCAGUGAACUUCACCACACCUCAGUUUCCCCUUAUGUAAGAAUCAAAUAAUAAUAAUACCUGUCUCGUUCUGUGAGCUUUGAGUGAGCUGGCAGAUGUUAAAAGUUUUAGGACAAUAUCUGGUUCAUAAUGUCACUUAAAAACAAAUGCUAAUAGCUGCUAUUGCCACUGUUAUCCUUGGUGGUCGGACUGAGUGGUUCCACCUUAUUUCACCUUUGAGGCAAGAAACAUUGAAAAGAAAAAAAAAGAAGAUUUACGACCUCUUCAGUUUGAAGUAAAAAUAAAAAUCUUCAUUCUUCUACAUCCAAAUUUAAUAAGUGUGCACAGAUUCCUGGAAACUAAUGUGGAGGUGGGCAGGGAGUAUAGCAAAUUAUCUCACUCUCCAGGAUCUUAGGAGCUAGCUAAGACAGAUCCUCCUACAUUAGCAGUGAGCAAUAACAGGGUGUAAGUGUCAAAAGAAUGUCAUUGGACCCACUUGAAUCAAAGUGUGGAAUAUGAUAUGUCAAGAAAUUUGUAAUGUUUUGAACAACCCACAAUAAAAAAAAAAAAGAA